AUGAACAUCGCCGUUCUCAUCACCGGAUCCCGCGGAGACGUUCAGCCUUUCAUCGCUCUAUCCAAGGUCCUCCAAGGCCCGCCGUAUCAUCACAGGGUCAGAAUCGUCACCCACCCAAACUUCAAAGGGUUUGUCGAGGAGAACGGCAUCGAGUUCUACUCUAUGGGCGGAGACCCGGAAAAGUUGAUGGCGUACAUGGUCCGAAAUCCUUCGAUUCUACCUUCGUUGGCGUCGAUGAAAGCUGGCGACGUGGGGAUGAGAAGGAAAGAGAUCGCAGAAAUGCUGUACGGUGCAUGGAGAGGAUGCACCGAGGCUGGAGAUGGAAUAGAGGAUCUGACGGACAACGACAUCCCGUUUGUCGCUGAUGCUAUCAUCGCCAAUCCUCCAAGCUACGCUCAUAUUCACAUUGCCGAGAAGCUUUCAGUCCCACUCCACAUAAUGUUUACAAUGCCCUGGUCCCCGACUACAGCCUUCCCGCACCCACUGGCCAACGUACAUGCAAGCAAAGCAACCAGCAAGGUGGCCAAUUGGACUUCCUAUUACGAAAUGGAUCUCUUGACAUGGGAGGGCCUCGCUGAUCUUAUCAACCGCUUCCGCGUACGAACUCUUGACCUCGAUCCGCUGAGUCCUCUCUGGGCUCAUCUGCUAUUUACGCGCCUUGAGGUCCCCUUUACGUAUUGCUGGAGCGAAGCCUUGAUCCCAAAGCCAGCCGAUUGGGGGCCACAUAUCAGCAUCAGCGGCUUCUUUUUCCUAUCCCUGGCAUCAUCCUACACGCCAUCGCCGGAGCUUCAGGCGUUCCUUGAUGCAGGCCCGCCACCCGUGUACAUUGGUUUUGGUUCGAUCGUCGUCGACGAUGCGCAGCGUCUCACAGACAUUGUUUUGGAAGCGGUUAAAAAGUCAGGUGUGCGAGCACUCGUCUCCAGAGGAUGGGGCAACAUGGGCGGUUCUGACGUGCCCGACAACGUCUUUCUCCUUGGAAAUGUGCCACAUGACUGGCUCUUUCCGCGCGUAUCCGCCGUGGUCCAUCACGGCGGUGCCGGCACAACGGCCAUUGGCAUCGCGCUUGGCAAGCCUACCGUAAUUGUCCCUUUCUUCGGCGAUCAGCCAUGGUGGGCGAGUAUGGUGUACCGUGCAGGCGCAGGUCCUGAGGCAGUUCAUUUCAAGAAGCUUACGGCCGACAAGCUCGCCCAAAACAUUACCGAAGCAUUGAAGCCAGAGAUGCAGAUUCGGGCAAAUGAGCUGGCAGCCAAAAUUCACGGAGAAAAGGGAGCAGAGAAAGCAGCGGAGAUUUUCCAAUCCAUGCCACAGAUGCGAGGCACGGCUUGUGCACUAUGUCCGGACAGAGUGGCGGUAUGGAAGGUCCGACCAACGGGAAUCCAGCUGAGUGCUGUAGCUACGACCAUUCUCGUAAGCAGAGGGCUCAUUGAUCCACAUGACCUCACGCUUUGCGAACAUAAGCGCUGGUUUGUCGAAGAGGGCCCACCCGACCCCAUUGGCGCCCUCAUUGGCACCACUGUCGGGUGGGUGCGCGCCUACCAAACGAUCUUCAGCGACUUCAAAAACGACCUCUCCCAGUCUCCUUUCCCAACAUCCCACCACCACACUCGCUCGUCAAAAGGCACGCCAACCCCACCAUCACCAGCUGGUGGUCUCUCCUCCAUCGACCGCCCCAUCCACCCUUCCGCCCUCAGAAUCUCCGCCUUCCACCGUCCCCACCACAGAAAACACAACCACAACCACAAGCUCGCUCCCGCUCUCGGGGCCCUCGCCUCUCGCACGCUGCAGAUUACCCUGCUGCGCGGCCCCGUGGCCCUUUUGUACAACCUAGCCAACGGUCUGCACAACGCGCCGUCCGUCCUCUUCCACGACCCGACAGUGCGCAGCCCGCGCCCCCGCAUCGACGACAUCGCGUCUGGCGCAAAGGUGGGCGGCAAAGAGCUGGUAUAUGGGCUAUAUGACGCGGUUGCAGGGAUUGUGGUGCUACCGUAUCUAGGGUACAAGGAUGCUGGUGCGGCGGCCGAGGCGGAGGGUGCAGGGUUUGCGGACGGGAAGGGCGAGGAUGGAGAUGGGAAGAAAAGUAAGACGCAUAGGAAGGGUAGGAAGAGGGACAGGGCGCUUGGUGUUGCAAAGGGCGUCGCGCAGGCGCUUGCUGGCGCGCCGUUCAAGGUCUGCGCGGCGGUCGCGGGGCCGAUGGGGUACGGGGCGAAGGGCGUAGAGAGGCAGGUGGCUGGGUGGAUUGCGGAGGUGGAGAGGAAGAAGGGACAGAAGGGGCAGCAGUUGAGGCUGCCGGAUUGCUUGGGAAGCGAGGACACCAAGAUGAAGAUUAUGAGUGCGUGCGAGAAGGUGGGUGGACAUGAGAGCGUUAGGUGGGUGGUGGAGAGGAGGGUGUUGCAGGGGUGUUGGGAAAUGUCAAGAUUGGAGGAGGAGAUGGAUGAUGGCGCUCAUGCAUUUUCCGAAGAGGUCAUCAGGAAGUGGGAGGCACUGGAUAGGGGGAGGAGGGCUAGCAGAGUUAGCAUAGUUGCAUAA